GUGACAGACGCCCAGCCCCACUGUGAACUGGACUCUCGCGUGGGGUCAGCCACUCCCCUCCCUCUCUGGAUGAUGUCGGAACACGACCUGGCGGAUGUGGUUCAGAUCGCGGUGGAAGACCUGAGUCCUGACCACCCAGUUGUUUUGGAGAAUCAUGUAGUGACGGAUGAAGAUGAGCCUGCCUUGAAACGCCAACGACUGGAGAUCAAUUGCCAGGACCCCUCUAUAAAGUCAUUCCUGUAUUCCAUUAACCAGACAAUCUGCUUGCGAUUGGACAGCAUCGAAGCCAAGCUACAGGCCCUUGAGGCUACUUGCAAGUCGCUGGAAGAAAAGCUGGAUCUGGUCACAAACAAGCAGCACAGCCCCAUCCAGGUGCCCAUGGUGGCAGGCUCCCCACUUGGUGCAACCCAGACGUGCAACAAAGUGCGAUGCGUCGUCCCCCAGACUACAGUAAUACUCAACAAUGAUCGGCAGAACGCCAUUGUAGCCAAGAUGGAAGACCCCUUGAGCAACAGGGCACCGGAUUCCCUGGAAAAUGUCAUUAGCAACGCCGUGCCUGGGCGUCGGCAGAACACCAUUGUGGUGAAGGUGCCAGGCCAAGAAGACAGCCACCAUGAGGAUGGGGAGAGCGGGUCGGAGGCCAGCGACUCCGUGUCCAGCUGUGGGCAGUCGGGCAGCCAGAGCAUCGGAAGCAACGUCACCCUCAUCACCCUCAACUCCGAAGAGGAUUACCCCAAUGGCACGUGGCUGGGUGACGAGAACAACCCUGAGAUGCGUGUGCGCUGCGCCAUCAUCCCCUCCGACAUGCUGCACAUCAGCACCAACUGCCGCACCGCUGAGAAGAUGGCGCUCACGCUGCUGGACUACCUCUUCCACCGUGAGGUGCAGGCCGUGUCCAACCUCUCGGGCCAGGGCAAGCACGGCAAGAAGCAGCUGGACCCACUCACCAUCUAUGGCAUCCGGUGCCACCUCUUCUACAAGUUCGGAAUCACGGAGUCUGACUGGUACCGCAUCAAGCAGAGCAUCGACUCCAAGUGCCGGACGGCGUGGCGGCGCAAGCAGCGGGGCCAGAGCCUGGCGGUCAAGAGCUUCUCUCGGAGGACACCAUCCUCUUCUUCCUAUGGCGCCUCAGAGCCGACGCUGGGCACGUCACCCCCUGCUAGUGAGCUCCAGCAGCCGCAGGCCCUGCACUACACCCUGGCCAACGCACAGCAGGUGCACAUCCACCAGAUCGGAGAGGACGGCCAGGUGCAAGUGAUCCCACAGGGCCACCUCCACAUCGCCCAGGUGCCUCAGGGGGAGCAGGUGCAGAUCACGCAGGACAGCGAGGGCAAUCUCCAGAUCCAUCACGUCGGACAGGACGGUCAGGUGCUGCAGGGGGCCCAGCUAAUAGCCGUGGCCUCCUCAGACGCUGCUGCGGCAGGAGUGGACGGAUCGUCUCUUCAGGGCAGUGACAUCCAGGUCCAGUACGUACAGCUCGCACCCGUGAGUGACCACACGGCCGGGGCGCAGGCCGCCGAGACCCUGCAACCCACCCUGCAGCCAGAGAUGCAGCUGGAGCAUGGGGCCAUUCAGAUCCAGUGAGCGGCAGGUGACUGCGCCAGCGCAGUGGGCCCCGCUGGCCUCCGUGGCCCACACACCCAGCCCCAGGCUCCCAGCACGGGUGGCCGUGCGUGUCCUGCUGAAGUGCCGCCGAGAGCCACCUCCUGACCAUGGGAAACGUGUCCUGAUAAACUAAAGCCAUGACCACAGCCACCGUCCCCAGCAGGCCUUUCUCUGAAUUGUGCUGUGCGUCUAGUCUGCAGGACCGGGAGGCUGCAGAGAGCGUCACGCGGACGUGGGAGAUCGAGAACUCUGAUAUUUUUCUGUUUAAACAGCUUUUUUAAUUUGCUAUGGUGUUUAUAACAAAAAAGAAAAUUGAAAAAAAACCAGGGGGUAGCAGAAGCCUUUGCUGAGUGCCCUGUCCGGCAUCGCGAGGACAGGUGAGGCGGAGACAGCUGCGACUUGGGGGCGUUGCGACCUGCUUUUCUAGGGGAGAUGCUCUCAGACACUGUAAUUAUACAUUUCUAAUGGAAUAAAUGUAUUUAUGACCA